AUGGCUGGUGUUGGUGGUGGAAGGAAACCGGAUUCGCCCCCCGAAACAGAGUUUUCAAGAGCGCCCCCGAAGAAACCACGCAACCACUUUGGCACCAUGAACGAGCUUGCUCGGGGCGCCAGAGAGGUGCUAAAUGCCAUGGAAAACGACGGCGUUGGUGAGUUAUACAUAAUUAACUUCGUCAAGGCCGUCGAACAAUUUGCACUGAACUCCCCGAUGGGGGAGAAACCGCAGGUUCAAGCUAUGGAAAAGGUGCAACAGGCACUCAACCGACUCGACCAGCGAAUGGAAAACAUUGAGAAAGCGACGGCAGCAGCGACAGCAGCAGCACCGUCAGCACCAACUAGCUCGAACGACUCAGCGACCUUCUGGGCUAGGCUCCAGAAAUGGGGACAGGGCACCGGAUCCGGCCCCCCCCGUCCCUCCCGAGGACCAGCAGCAAGGUUUCAUCUUCCGCCGGGCGAUACCCGCGAGACCCUCCGUCGUCGUACACCAAGGGAGAUCGUCGAGCAAGCCGAGAGGACACGCGAAACGGCCGCGCGGAGAAAGAUGAGUGCUCCGCUUGGCGGCGGUUGUUACUUUGUAGCGGCGAAGGUUCUCCCCUCCGGCGAUGUAAAGAUGACUGUUAACAGCGCUUCUGGUGCGGAGCUGCUACGUACGCAUGUUGAAUGGCUGAAGGCUUUCGGCCCGGCGGCACACGUACGAAAGCCGACGUGGGGAGUAGUCGCGCGCGCCAUUCCUGGGGUGGUUCCCGGGAUAAUGUCGAAAUACUACACCUCGGCUGGCUAA